AGAAUGAAGAAUCAGUAGCCACAAACGAAGAGGAUCAGAGUGUCGUGAAGAAAUGGUUGGGUAUGCAAUCUCGUCGUUCCCAACUCUCUCCUUUCAACGUGUCAUCGUUUCCAACGCGACGACAUUUUCAUGCAAAGCGAAAGCUACAAACUCCGUAACAGCGUCUCCAUCAUCCGGACGAAGGGAGAUGCUGUUUCUCCUCACGGCGUCUACUGCUUUAACGGCAAGGGAAUCGGUGUCUAUGGCGCAGGAUAUUCCUCUGUUUGGGAUACGAAAGAGUCUGAAGAAAGCGGAGGAAAAGGCCGAGGAGAUUGUGAAGGAAGGAUUUGAAUCGGCGGAGAAAGGAUUGGAGACGGCGGAGAAAGGACUUGAGAAGGCGGAACUAGGAUUGGAGGAGGCGGAGAAGGAGAUAGAGACGGGGGUGGGGCUUGGGAAUUUGGCACAGGCGAUUGUGGUGGGGGGAGCAGAGGUUUUUGGGCUUUUGGUUGCUUCGGCGGUGGUGAAUGGUAUUUUGGGACCUGAAGGUUCAAAGUCAUGACUCGUGACAGUAUAGUGUUGUUUAUGAAUAAUAUUAUUAUUAGAAUUCAAUUCAAUUUUGUAUGUUUGUGUGAAAAGUGAUCAUGCAAUAACUCUGUAAUUGUAAGAAUGUGCCUGCAUUUUGUGUUUAGUUUUUACAUACCAAUGCAUUUUAGUGUUUAUUUUUGUG